AUGAUAAUUAUACAUAGGGAUAGUGGCGAUAAUACUUCAGAUAUAAGCUCAGGAACUUUGCAACAGCAACUCAGUGGCUCUAUCACUAUGAAUAUAAGCUCAGGAACUUCGCAACAGCAACUGGACAAUAGUAGUGGCUCUAUUGCUAUGAAUACAAGCUCAGUACCUUCGCAAUGGCAACUGGACAAUAUCGGUAGCUCUACAAAUACAAGCUCAGUACCUUCACAACGGCAAUUGGAUAAUAAUGAAAGUUUGAAAUCUUCAUGUUUGCGAUUGGAUAAUGGUAGCAAACCUUUGGGUAGAGACGGAUCUUUGAAUGAAAGCUUAGAACCUUCACGUUUACGAUUAGAUAAAAGUAGUGGAUCUUUAAGUAAAAACCCACACUGGAAGCCAGAUG